CUCUUGCUUCACAAGCCGUCGCAGUGUGUGUGCGACUCCCUUGAACAGACGUCUCUUCGCAGGGAUGGGGAAAGACAUCGGCAACGGCGAACUGCAAACAUUGGAGGAGAGGACUGGAAUCCCAGAAUGCAGUACAAAAACAAAGGCUGCUCCAGCAUUCGAGGAGGUCCUGGACGCCAUUGGGUCCCGGGGGAAGUUCCAGACGAGGCUGAACAUCGUCUUCGUUUGCUUUGCCUCAUGCUUCGACCUGAUGAGCGUCAACAUGUUCUACCUGGCUAUGCAGACUCCAGAUCACUGGUGCUACGUCCCUGGCAGGGAGCUUUCCAACCUUUCAGUUGAGGAGUGGAAGAACCUCACCAUACCGAGGGAAGGAGCCUCGUUCAGCAAGUGCCUGAUGUACAACCGGAGUGAUGUGACUGACUUCGGCGGCAGCAGGGAACCUGUGAAGUGCCAGCACGGCUGGGAGUAUGACGACACGUGGUUCUCCCUGACGGUGACGUCACAGAUGAACUGGGUCUGCGACAACCGGCAGGCCGUCAAUGACGUCUUGUUCUACUCUCAGAUUAUUGGAGUGGCCCUGGGGUUACUGUUUGGCUACAUAGGCGACAUGUACGGCAGACGCCCCCAGCAGCUGCUGUGCCUGUCAGCCCACGUGGUCAGCAGAGUGCUGGUCGUCCUCGCUCCACACGUGCUGCCGCUCUUCAUCCUGGCAGCAUCCCUCGUGUCAGCCGCAACUGGGCCCAUGGUGGAAUCGGUCUUGUCUGUUGGCGUGGAGCUAACUGACAUCAAGCACCGCACUGUGAUCAACUGCUACGGAUCCUGCAGCAUGGCCGCUGGAGUGAUGCUUGCUGGUCUGGUGUCUUGGGCGCUGCCCAAUUGGAACUACUCCAUCCCGUUUGCCGCCCUCAGUUGUUUUGCGCUGUUCUUCUUCUUCAGUUGGUUCCCCGAGUCUCCACGCUGGCUGGCGUGCAGGGGUCGCGACCAGGAGGCGCUGGCCGUUGUGCGUCGCAUAGCAGCCACCAACGGCUCCACGGUGCCUCCGUUCGCCCUGCAGGUGAUCCAGACCGUGGGCAAGAGCAAGACAGACAGGAGGGGCUUCCUCAGCAUCUUCUCCAGCUUUAACCUCGUCAGGAACAUAACACUCCUCAUCAUUGCCAGUUCAGUGCACAUGCUGGCUAUCUACUCACUGGUGAUAGCCGUGAGCCGACUGAGCGUGAACCCUUUCCUGGGGAUAGUGGCGCAGGGGGCGGCCAAGCUGCCUGCCCACUUCAUGGUGAACUACUUUGCGGCGAGGUUCGGUCGCCGUUGGCCCAGUGUAGGGAGUGCACUGUUGGCUGCACUGGCCAGUCUCCUCAUCUUCUGCCUGCUGACUGAACACAUCACGGGUGUAGCCAUCGUGAUGGCGACCAUGCUGAUGCAGUUCAGCGCCGUCGCCGGUGUAGGCAUGGUAAACCUGCAGAGCAUCGAGUUGCACCCCACCUGCCUCCGCCAGAUUGCAACGAGUGUCGAGUUUGCCGUUGCUGGAAUUUCCAUGUCUUCCCUGCCCUACCUGGCGCUGAUGAAUGACAAGCGACUUCCCUUCGCCAUCCUCUGUGCCCUCGAGCUGAUGGUAGCGUUUUCUGUGUCGUUCCUACCAGAAUCUGCAAUGCAGCGAUUGCCAGAGACGUUAAGGGAUGGUGCCGUCUUUGGCAGAGGGCAACCUUACUGGAGCUGGAAACCAAAACCACCUCUUCAGUACGCCACAGGAUAAAGGAGUUCCAGAACUUCCUUACAGUGUAGUUGUACACUGGGCAUAGAGUAGCAGCUGACAUGUUAAUGCGACGCUAGCAGCCUACGACUUCUGUUUGCUGACGUCUUGCAUGACUAGCUCGGCCUGCUAUGAGUGGUUAACAGUGCAGGUCGAACUUUAUUUCAAAUCUGUAAACAGUAGCACGAAAACUAAGGCUGACCAGGAUUAGAUUAUAAAUUUACUCUCUGGUGCAACUAGCGACUCCUGAGAAUCAAUUUUUACAAGACGCAGGCAA